UUUCUUUAAUUUUUUAUAUUACAACAUUAUCAAAAGAAGUGUUGCCGAUAAAAAGAAUGGAACGAGAGGCCUUCGACGAGAGUGAUUUCCAACAAACCGAAUAUUGGAUUUACGACAAAACUCUCGACGACGACGAUACUUGCAAUAGAUUGAUCGUUGUAGAACCGUUCGAGUGGUAUUUGUUGAACGUAAACCGUCAAUUGUAUCUGAUAGAUCCGGAAAGACCGAUAGGAGCGUUACGGAUCCUAUCGGAUCAUUUAUUAGGAUAAAACGUCGGCUAUUUGUAUUUUAAAAAAAUCACUAAUCGAAUGCUGUUUGGACGUGACCGAAGAUACGCUCAUGAUGAUUUACAAUAGACCCGAUGUGGUGCCUAUGUAAAAAAUACCGUUUACAAUAACCGGGACCAAGUACACUGUGUUUACGGCCAUAAACGAAUUGUGUAUAUCUUAUAUAGAUUUCGAAACGAACGUCGAGAGCAACCACACAAUCGGAUAUUUAGAAAAUAUAUAUAGUGUUCGUAAUAAAGGUAACAAUUUCACGACAUUUUUCGCUCCGAGAUUUAAUAGAUCGUUAAAUAGUACAUUCGGCUUCGAUAGUACCUGUAAAUGCAACAACACAACUACGCCUUAUAUAAAAAACGAACAGAGUAUUUUGACAAAAUUAUACACCAAACCGAGUGCCGAAGA